AUGAAUUGCUACUAUGGAUUCCCACAGAUGAACACAAUGACAAACAGCUUUGAAGAAGUGAGGAUGGAAUCUGUGGUUUGUCCUAAGCCUCGUCGAUAUCCUUCCAUCAACCGACCCUUCAGGUGUCCUAUUAGCUACCAAUCUGAGAUUGAAGAUUCAGAAGUUGGGUCAGAACUUCUUGACAUCAUUCAUCCCAAGGGAAGCUGCUAUCCGGAGAGAUCGGCAUCUUUGGCGGAUAAAUUGUUGGCAUCAUCGCCUCCGUAUUUCAUUGGAUCUCCACCGAGCCGAGCUUCAAACCCUGUAAUCCAAGACGAGCGAUUCGGUAAUGGGAAUUUUAGUAGUCCAUUUACCGUGGCAUCGCCUUCGCCAUCGGCUCGAGGAUGUGGAGUUCCAAUGAAAUUCGGCAACACACCGGUUGCUGUUAGGAUUGAAGGUUUUGACUGUCUUAGAAGAGAUAGAAGGAGUAUCUCUGCUGUAGCCUAA